GACAAGGAGAAGGACUUCGACGUCCUCCUCUACUACUGGGACGACCGCGACGGAGGGGGCCCGACAACUGCGGCUGGUGGUUCGGGCCAGAGGUCGGCGGCGACCAGGUGUGGGCGUACCACCCUGGCAAGGCCCAGGCCGAGCCCCCGGCCUCGGAGUGGAGCCUGCCCAUCGACGGCUCCGUCGACGCUGGCUUCCGUGUUCAGGCGCUGACCAAGGAGCAGGCCGAGCGGUUCGUCGCGCAGAAGGAGUCCGAGACGGCUGGGGCGCCGCCCGCGGCGGCCAAGGAGGCCGCCGCGCAGCCAGCCGCGAAGAGGCGGCAGCAGGAGCCCGAGCAGACGCAGCCG